GACGUUCGCGUAUCAAUGAGAUUCAUUAAGAAAUGGUGUAGUUUCACUAUACACAAAGUUACGCAGAAGAACGAUUUCGUGAACAGCUACGUUUACUUCAGUGUGUAUCCUACGAAAAUUUUAUUCAGAACUAUGAAGAGUUUAGUUAACGAAGUUAAUAAUGCCGUCACGGAAUCUCUUUUUGGAUUAUCGUUUGCAUUUCCGCAAUUGGAGUAUCAAGAAUCUCAUAAAGUCGUUUUGAUGCCAAACCUUCAAGAACGGAAACAUAAGGUAUCCCUGAUAUGCGGCGGUGGAAGUGGACACGAACCUUUCGCGGCUGGUUAUGUUGGAAAUGGUAUGUUAGCUGCAGCUGUAGCAGGCUCAAUAUACGCAGCACCACCAUCAAAACAUAUCUCUUAUGCCAUCGACCGUGUUUCUCAAUAUAAUAAUACUGGUAUUUUGAUGGUCGUUCCAAAUUAUACUGGAGAUUGCCUUAAUUUUGGAAUAGCAAUUGAAAAAGCGAGACAAAAGGGUCUGAAGAUUUCGGAAGUAAUUGUAAAUGAAGACUGUAGUAUACCGAAGGAGGAGCAAGGUGUCGCUGGCAAGCGUGGUUUAACGGGAAUAAUAUUUGUUAUGAAAAUAGCUGGUGCGUUAGCAGAACAAGGGCUAUCACUUGAAGAAGUGACUAAAACUGCACAUCAUGUUUUGCAAAAUAUAGCCACUUAUUCGGUUGGAUUAACAGCUUGUGCAAUACCCGGCCAAUCUCCAAUGUUCGAACUCGGAGAAGAUGAAAUCGAAGUUGGUCAGGGAAUUCAUGGAGAGGCUGGAUAUGAAAAAAUGAAAUUGAAACCCUGCAGUGAAAUAGUUGCAUUCAUGCUCAAACGCUUACGCGAGACAUUAUCUUUGAAGAGUGGAGACUCAGUUGCAGUUAUCAUUAAUAACUUCGGAGCGUUAAGUCAACUGGAACAAGGAAUUGUAGUUUAUGAUGUUGUGAAACAUCUUCGAAGUAUGAAUAUAGAGCCUCUUCGUGUGUAUGCGGGACUACUGAUGACGUCAUUGAACAGUGCUGGAGUGCAUAUUACUCUUUUAAAAUUAUCCGAAGAUGAUAAAAGUUUCUUCAUUGGUUGCCUAGAUGCACCUACUGUUGCACCAAAGUGGCCAGGUUGCGUAUAUAGCAUUUCUACAGAAAGUUCACGAAAGGUUGUUCAAGAUCUAAUAGUACGGGCAGUGGAAACAAUUGGAAUGGAAAUUACUCUCGAACUACAGAACUUAUUAAAGCAAUGUUUGAAAAGUGCUUGUGAAAGUAUCAUUCAGAAAGAAAAUCAUCUUAAUGAUUUAGAUAGAGGAUGUGGAGACGGUGACACAGGAUCGACGCUUAACAGACUUGCUACUGGAAUUUUAGCAAAUCUAGACAAGUUUCAAUUCUCGCAUCCAUCGUCAGUUUUUACUGAACUCGCUCAUAUAGCCGAAGAAGAAAUGGGUGGCACUUCUGGAGCAUUGUACUGCUUGUUUUUUACUAGUAUUACCACAGAAUUAGUUUCACUUUCUGAAAAAAAAGGUUGGCUGCAAAUUUGGGCACGUGCAUUUCGCAGUGGUCUAAAUUGCUUAAUAAAAUAUGGAAAAGCGAAACCGGGUGAUAGAUCCAUGUUGUCACGAGGACGACGAAUCGAAUACAUGUGUAUAUUACGCUGCACAACAACAAAAGCUUAUCUUGAAUGCUGCUCGCUUAAUUUCAGUACUGAAUUGUACUCUAAUCCGGAUCGAUACACUUUCUACACCUUGUAAAUGGUUGGAUUAUCAAAUAUGUCACAUUAUUCGAUUGUACUUGUAAAACAGUAAAAUGGAGAACAAUAACUUGCAGAACAACAAUGAUGUAUAGCAAUAUAAUUUAUUAAUAAAAACAAAAUAUGUAUAGGCUGUUAAAAAACGUAGUGGGUAGCAUUUAUAGGGUGUAAUUCUACGUAUUAAGGCAAUGAAGAAAGUGUGCGGAAAUGUUGUUUAUUUUUUCAAAUUUUAUAUAAUCUAAUUGUAUACUAGGAAUAUGUUAGCAGUUGCCGUAGGUUAAUUAAUUGACUGAUAAACUUUUCUGUCUAUUUCA